AUGUCUGCGCUGGGGCCGCGGCUGGAGGCGCUGGGCCGGCGGCUGGAGGCGCCGAGGGGAGCGGGCGGCGAUGGUAUCUUCUUAGCAAAGGGCUCUGCUGCUCUGGAGAGACUGAAGGACCUCUGUAAAGAAGGGAAAGAGAAAGCACAUCAUUCCACGAUUCUACAGCUUUACACACAGGCUGUCCUAGACAUUACCUAUUUUGAGGAAAGCCAGCUUGUGGAUGAAGAUUUUGCAGGGGAAUCUUCAUUACAAAAAGUUAAAGAACUUAUCUGUAUUCUUUCAGACCCAGAAGACUUAGUGAGGGAAUGCAGCGUAAAUGAAGAACCUGUCAACAUCCUUAGUACAGACUUGGUAGAAUGUCUUUACUGGAGAAAAGGAGCCCUGUUAUACAUGUAUUGCCAUAGAGCAAAAGAAAGGAGCGAAUGGAUGAGAGGAAACGUUGCUUUAUUUAAAAAGUGUCUUAAUGAUGGAGUUCAUUACCUGAUGAAGAUGCUUAGCUUUAGAUGCCCUCUUCAUUUAGAUGGAGAUGUCUCACUUCAAGAUAAAGACACAGCUAGACUACUCAGUGAAGGUAUAUUUAGUGACACGCACUUACUGGCCAUGAUGUACAGUGGAGAAAUGUGCUACUGGGGACUGAAAUACUGUAGAGAGGGAAAGCAGGAGAACCUCAAGAUGAUGAACUCAGUGUCUGGCAGUGAGCUGGGCUGCAGAUCACAGGGUGCACUGGUGGAUUUCCGAGAGCUGGGCAAAACCAUGUUAACAAAGUACAUUGCUGUGUGUGAGGGACCUUUAAAAGACCAAGGAUGGAACACAACAAGUGCAAACCAGAUGCUAUGUUACCUCAGGAAAACCCACAGUUAGAAUUGUCGCUGUUGCUCUGUCGGAAGCUGCUCGCUGUGUGACGAGCGCUCAUAGGAUGACUGUCUGCUCCAGGCUGGGACCUGCUGUGCCUCGAGCCUGCCUGCUCGUACAGAAUGUAUGCUAAGUUGCAUUAAAGCACGAGUUCAAAGAA